AUGUUGCUAGUUAUUUUCCUCCGAUUCUCGAUCUCCUCCCUCACGGCGAACUUUCUAGACUCUCCAUCUCCGGCGAACUCGCUUCUCUCAUUUUCUCCGGCGAAUUCACUUUUGAGAACUUGUGACCCACUGGUUUGCAGUGUUUUGAUAGUUGGGAAUAAUGUAGAUUGCAAAAGAGUGUUGAAGUGUUUCUUCUUCUCUGUUCCAUCAGGAAUGUUGUUUCUCCUGCUUCUCUCAAACUGUGAACAUUUUAGAUCUGAGGAAGUAUGGGACGCAAAGCUGGCACCUUAUAUAUUAACCCAAGGAACUUUGGAAGUCUUCAGAAACCUUGCGCGAAAGAAAUGGUCUCGUUUCUAAAUUGUUUGACUUUAAAUCACAACAAGGACGAGAAAUGUGGCAGGCAAAAGUCACUUUUGAGUACCUGCAUGGAAGCUCAGAGUGGCAAAAACAGAAAGCCCUGGGGUAGCAUCAAUUAUCAUCUGCAGAGGCUUAGCAGGGGAAGAAAGUAACUUGGAUCGAGAGUGUGGUUGCAGAUGGGCAUGUUUUGAAGUUAGAUACAGAGGUGGUUUCUCCAACAUUUUUCUGAGAUGGUCUGUAGUACUUGAUUAAUAGCAGACUCAAAAGGCAGUUGCGCAACGCUAUUUAUUUGUGGAUCUUCGCCUUAGAAAGUUGAUCAAUUGUUUCUUUCUUUUCGUCUUAUAAAAGUGCAGAAACUUGUGCCAGCAGAAAUGGACAUAAGAAGGAAUUGCUUUUUUUGGCUUACAAUGAAAAUUAACUCAUAA